AUGAAGAGAGGCACCUUUGUCAUCUUUGCUACUGUGGGGAUAUGCAGUGUUAUUUUCAACACGUCCGCGUGGUCAGUGAAUAACUUUCUGAUGACAGGACCAAAGGCAUAUUUGACCUACUCUACCAGUGUGUCAGUUGGUGCCCACAGUGGGAUUGAAGAGUGUAAGCACCAAUUUACCUGGGAGCGCUGGAAUUGCCCAGAGAGUGCGCUUCAACUCUCGACUCACAACAAACUUCGAAGUGCUACCAGGGAGACUUCUUUUGUUCAUGCCAUCAGCUCAGCUGGGGUAAUGUACACGCUCACCAGGAACUGCAGCAUGGGGGACUUCGAGAACUGUGGUUGUGAUGAUUCGAGAAAUGGGCGCGUAGGUGGAAAAGGCUGGGUUUGGGGAGGCUGCAGUGACAACGUCGAUUUUGGUGAAAGAAUUUCUAAACUCUUUGUGGAUGCGUUGGAGACAGGUCAUGACGCCAGAGCAUUAAUGAAUUUGCACAAUAAUGAGGCUGGAAGGCAGGCUGUGAGGUCAACAAUGAAAAAAACCUGCAAGUGUCAUGGGGUAUCUGGGAGCUGCAACCUCCAAACUUGCUGGUUCCAGCUUGCAGGCUUUCGAGAAAUUGGAAAUUACCUGAAGACAAAAUACAACAAGGCUCAGAAGAUGGAGGUGGACAAGAGGAGGAUGAGAGCCGGAAACAGCGCCGAAAGUCGUGGGACCACAGCAGGGACCUUCAGCUCUCUGUCAGUCAGUGAACUUGUCUUCCUGGAGGACUCUCCUGACUACUGCAUGAGAAACAUCAGCUUGGGCCUCCAUGGCACUGAGGGACGAGAGUGCCUGCAGGGUGGGAAGAACUUGUCCCAGUGGGAGAAGAGGAGUUGCAGGAGGCUCUGCACUGAGUGUGGCCUUAAAUUGGAGGAGAAAAGGACAGAACUUGUCACCAGCUGCAACUGCAAAUUCCACUGGUGUUGCAUGGUGAAAUGUGAACAAUGCAGACGAGUGGUCACCAAGCAUUAUUGCUCCAGAGGAGAAAGACCCCCUUCCAAUAACACCCGGAGACGGAACAGGGGACAUCGAGAUAAAUCAUCAGCUCCUUGA